AUCGCCAUGGGCGUGCCACUGCACCGGCUGAAGGAUAUCCGGCUUCUGUACGGAGAGUCGCCAUGGGGAGUGACUCCCAUUUCUUUCGAAACCCCGUCAAACCCUCCCCUCGCCCGAGGUCACGUCAUUGCCGCCAGAAUCACCAGUGAAAACCCAGAUGAGGGGUUUAAGCCGAGUUCUGGGACUGUCCAGGAACUGAAUUUCCGCAGCAGCAAGAACGUGUGGGGUUACUUCAGUGUGGCUGCUACUGGAGGCCUGCAUGAGUUUGCGGAUUCCCAGUUUGGGCACUGCUUCUCCUGGGGAGAGAACCGGGAAGAGGCCAUUUCGAACAUGGUGGUGGCUUUGAAGGAACUGUCCAUCCGAGGUGACUUUAGGACCACCGUGGAAUACCUCAUUAACCUCCUGGAGACCGAGAGCUUCCAGAACAAUGACAUCGACACCGGGUGGUUGGACUACCUCAUUGCUGAGAAAGUGCAGGCGGAGAAACCGGAUAUCAUGCUUGGGGUGGUAUGCGGGGCCUUGAACGUGGCCGAUGCGAUGUUCAGAACGUGCAUGACAGAUUUCUUACACUGCCUGGAAAGGGGCCAGGUCCUCCCAGCGGAUUCACUACUGAACAUCGUAGAUGUGGAAUUAAUUUACGGAGGCAUUAAGUACAUUCUCAAGGUGGCCCGGCAGUCUCUGACCAUGUUCGUUCUCAUCAUGAAUGGCUGCCACAUCGAGAUUGACGCCCACCGGCUGAACGAUGGGGGGCUCCUGCUCUCCUACAAUGGGAACAGCUACACCACCUACAUGAAGGAAGAGGUUGACAGUUACCGAAUUACCAUCGGCAAUAAGACAUGUGUGUUUGAGAAGGAGAAUGAUCCUACGGUCCUGAGAUCCCCCUCGGCUGGGAAGCUGACACAGUACACAGUGGAGGACGGGGGCCACGUUGAGGCUGGGAGCAGCUACGCUGAGAUGGAGGUGAUGAAGAUGAUCAUGACCCUGAACGUGCAGGAAAGUGGCCGGGUGAAGUACAUCAAGCGUCCAGGGGCCGUGCUGGAAGCAGGCUGCGUGGUGGCCAGGCUGGAGCUUGAUGACCCUUCUAAGGUCCACCCGGCUGAACCGUUCACAGGAGAACUCCCUGCCCAGCAGACACUGCCCAUCCUUGGAGAGAAACUGCACCAGGUCUUCCACAGCGUCCUGGAAAACCUCACCAACGUCAUGAGUGGCUUUUGUCUGCCGGAGCCCAUUUUUAGCGUAAAGUUGAAGGAGUGGGUGCAGAAGCUCAUGAUGACCCUCCGGCACCCGUCACUGCCGCUGCUGGAGCUGCAGGAGAUCAUGACCAGCGUGGCAGGCCGCAUCCCAGCCCCCGUGGAGAAGUCAGUCCGCAGGGUGAUGGCCCAGUAUGCCAGCAACAUCACCUCGGUGCUGUGCCAGUUCCCCAGCCAGCAGAUAGCCACCAUCCUGGACUGCCACGCAGCCACCCUGCAGCGGAAGGCUGACCGAGAGGUCUUCUUCAUCAACACCCAGAGCAUCGUGCAGUUGGUCCAGAGAUACCGCAGCGGGAUCCGCGGCUAUAUGAAAACAGUGGUGUUGGAUCUCCUGAGAAGAUACUUGCAUGUCGAGCACCAUUUUCAGCAAGCCCACUACGACAAGUGUGUGAUAAACCUCAGGGAGCAGUUCAAGCCAGACAUGUCCCAGGUGCUGGACUGCAUCUUCUCCCACGCACAGGUGGCCAAGAAGAACCAGCUGGUGAUCAUGCUGAUCGAUGAGCUGUGUGGCCCAGACCCUUCCCUAUCGGACGAGCUGACCUCCAUCCUUAAUGAGCUCACUCAGCUGAGCAAAAGCGAGCACUGCAAAGUGGCCCUCAGAGCCCGGCAGAUCCUGAUUGCCUCCCACCUCCCCUCCUAUGAGCUGCGGCACAACCAGGUGGAGUCCAUUUUCCUGUCUGCCAUUGACAUGUACGGCCAUCAGUUCUGCCCCGAGAACCUCAAGAAGUUAAUAAUUUCAGAAACAACCAUCUUCGACGUCCUGCCUGCUUUCUUCUAUCACGCUAACAAAGUCGUGUGCAUGGCGUCCUUGGAGGUUUACGUGCGGAGGGGCUACAUCGCCUAUGAGUUAAACAGCCUGCAGCACCGGCAGCUCCCGGACGGCACCUGCGUGGUAGAAUUCCAGUUCAUGCUGCCCUCCUCCCACCCAAACCGGAUGACCGUGCCCAUCAGCAUCACCAACCCUGACCUGCUGAGGCACAGCACAGAGCUCUUCAUGGACAGCGGCUUCUCCCCACUGUGCCAGCGCAUGGGGGCCAUGGUAGCCUUCAGGAGAUUCGAGGACUUCACCAGAAAUUUUGAUGAAGUCAUCUCUUGCUUCGCCAACGUGCCCAAAGACACCCCCCUCUUCAGCGAGGCCCGCACCUCCCUGUACUCCGAGGAUGACUGCAAGAGCCUCAGAGAAGACCCCAUCCACAUUCUGAAUGUGUCCAUCCAGUGUGCAGACCACCUGGAGGAUGAGGCACUGGUGCCGAUUUUACGGACGUUCGUACAGUCCAAGAAAAAUAUCCUUGUGGAUUACGGACUCCGACGAAUCACAUUCCUGAUUGCCCAAGAGAAAGAAUUUCCCAAGUUUUUCACAUUCAGAGCAAGAGAUGAGUUUGCAGAAGAUCGCAUUUACCGUCACUUGGAGCCUGCCCUGGCCUUCCAACUGGAGCUCAGCCGGAUGCGUAACUUCGAUCUGACCGCCGUGCCCUGUGCCAACCACAAGAUGCACCUUUACCUGGGUGCUGCCAAGGUGAAGGAAGGGGCGGAAGUGACGGACCAUAGGUUCUUCAUCCGCGCCAUCAUCAGGCACUCAGACCUGAUUACAAAGGAAGCCUCCUUCGAGUACCUGCAGAACGAGGGUGAGCGGCUGCUCCUGGAGGCCAUGGACGAGCUGGAGGUGGCGUUCAACAACACCAGCGUGCGCACCGACUGCAACCACAUCUUCCUCAACUUCGUGCCCACUGUCAUCAUGGACCCCUUGAAGAUCGAGGAGUCCGUGCGCUCCAUGGUUAUGCGCUACGGCAGCCGGUUGUGGAAACUCCGCGUGCUGCAGGCUGAAGUCAAGAUCAACAUACGCCAGACCACCACCGGCAGCGCUGUUCCCGUCCGCCUGUUCAUCACCAAUGAGUCGGGCUACUACCUGGACAUCAGCCUCUACAAAGAAGUGACUGACUCCAGAUCCGGAAAUAUCAUGUUUCACUCCUUUGGCAACAAGCAAGGGCCCCAGCACGGGAUGCUGAUCAAUACUCCCUACGUCACCAAGGAUCUGCUCCAGGCCAAGCGAUUCCAGGCCCAGUCCCUGGGAACUACCUACAUCUAUGACUUCCCAGAAAUAUUCAGACAGGCUCUCUUUAAACUGUGGGGCUCCCCAGACAAGUAUCCCAAAGACAUCCUGACAUACACUGAAUUAGUGUUGGACUCUCAGGGCCAGCUGGUGGAGAUGAACCGACUUCCUGGUGGAAAUGAGGUGGGCAUGGUGGCCUUCAAAAUGAGGUUUAAGACCCAGGAGUACCCAGAAGGACGGGACAUGAUCGUCAUCGGCAACGAUAUCACCUUUCGCAUCGGAUCCUUUGGCCCUGGGGAGGACCUUCUGUACCUGCGGGCAUCUGAGAUGGCCCGGGCAGAGGGCAUUCCCAAAAUCUACGUGGCAGCCAACAGUGGCGCCCGUAUUGGCAUGGCAGAGGAGAUCAAACACAUGUUCCACGUGGCUUGGGUGGACCCAGAAGACCCCCACAAAGGAUUUAAAUACCUGUACCUGACUCCCCAAGACUACACCAGAAUCAGCUCCCUGAACUCUGUCCACUGUAAACACAUCGAGGAAGGAGGAGAAUCCAGAUACAUGAUCACGGAUAUCAUCGGGAAAGAUGAUGGCUUGGGCGUGGAGAAUCUGAGGGGCUCAGGCAUGAUUGCUGGGGAGUCCUCUCUGGCUUACGAAGAGAUCGUCACCAUUAGCUUGGUGACCUGCCGAGCCCUUGGGAUCGGGGCCUACUUGGUGAGGCUGGGCCAGCGAGUGAUCCAGGUGGAGAACUCUCACAUCAUCCUCACGGGAGCAAGUGCUCUCAACAAGGUCCUGGGAAGAGAGGUCUACACAUCCAACAACCAGCUGGGUGGCGUUCAGAUCAUGCAUUACAAUGGCGUUUCCCACAUCACCGUGCCAGAUGACUUUGAGGGGGUUUAUACCAUUCUGGAGUGGCUGUCCUAUAUGCCAAAGGAUAAUCACAGCCCUGUCCCUAUCAUCACACCCACUGACCCCAUUGACAGAGAAAUUGAAUUCCUCCCAUCCAGAGCUCCCUACGACCCCCGGUGGAUGCUUGCAGGAAGGCCUCACCCAACGCUGAAGGGAACGUGGCAGAGCGGAUUCUUUGACCAUGGCAGUUUCAAGGAAAUCAUGGCACCCUGGGCGCAGACCGUGGUGACAGGACGAGCAAGGCUUGGGGGGAUUCCCGUGGGAGUGAUUGCUGUGGAGACGCGGACUGUGGAGGUGGUGGUCCCUGCAGACCCUGCCAACCUGGAUUCUGAGGCCAAGAUAAUUCAGCAGGCGGGGCAGGUGUGGUUCCCAGACUCAGCCUACAAAACUGCCCAGGCCAUCAAGGACUUCAACCGGGAGAAGUUGCCCCUGAUGAUCUUUGCCAACUGGAGGGGGUUCUCCGGUGGCAUGAAAGACAUGUAUGACCAGGUGCUGAAGUUUGGAGCCUACAUCGUGGAUGGCCUCAGACAAUACAAACAGCCCAUCCUGAUCUAUAUCCCACCCUAUGCGGAGCUCCGGGGAGGCUCCUGGGUGGUCAUAGAUGCCACCAUCAACCCGCUGUGCAUAGAAAUGUAUGCAGACAAAGAGAGCAGGGGGGGUGUUCUGGAGCCAGAGGGGACAGUGGAGAUUAAGUUCCGAAAGAAAGAUCUGAUAAAGUCCAUGAGAAGGAUCGAUCCAGCUUACAAGAAGCUCAUGGAACAGCUAGGGGAACCUGAUCUCUCAGACAAGGACCGCAAGGACCUGGAGGGCCGGCUGAAGGCUCGCGAGGACCUGCUGCUCCCCAUCUACCACCAGGUGGCGGUGCAGUUCGCCGACUUCCACGACACGCCCGGCCGGAUGCUGGAGAAGGGCGUCAUAUCUGACAUCCUGGAGUGGAAGACCGCGCGCACCUUCCUGUAUUGGCGUCUGCGCCGCCUCCUCCUGGAGGACCAGGUCAAGCAGGAGAUCCUGCGGGCCAGCGGGGAGCUGAGUCACGUGCACAUCCAGUCCAUGCUGCGCCGCUGGUUCGUGGAGACGGAGGGGGCUGUCAAGGCCUACCUGUGGGACAACAACCAGGUGGUUGUGCAGUGGCUAGAACAGCACUGGCAGGUGGAGGACGGCCCGCGCUCCGCCAUCCGUGAGAACAUCACGUACCUGAAGCACGACUCUGUCCUCAAGACCAUCCGAGGCCUGGUUCAAGAAAACCCCGAGGUGGCCGUGGACUGUGUGAUACACCUGAGCCAGCACAUCAGCCCAGCUGAGCGGGCACAGGUCAUUCACCUGCUGUCUACCAUGGACAGCCCGGCCUCCACCUGACCCCGGCCCGCCCAGCCAUUCCCGGGACCACAGCAAGAGGAACCACCCACGCCCACCAUCGGUACACCCUCAGCAGACCUUGAAGACUUGCUUUUAAAAAAAGAAAAUCCUGGGCACUUCUGCAGGGCUGCCGGUUCCGAGCUGACACCUGUCUCAAUAAAAGGCCCAGGAGUGCCUCUCCCAACAGAAACAACCUCCUCUGCAUAGCUGGGAAGUUUCUUUUGUUUUGUCUCUGAAGACAGCAUUUUUAUUGCAUCACUAAAUCUAAUCAAGCUAGAACAUCCCUGUUUCCUUUUGCAAAACAGUGCCUGGCCUGUGGGAUCCAGGCGUUCUUCAGGCUUCUUGGAUAUCAUAUCAUGAAAUCUUAUUUUUUUACUCUGAGACCAGCACUAGAUGUAAGCAUCUCAUAUAUUUCAGCCAAAUAAAUGGGCCAAGGAAAAAAAUAUAUAUAUAGACAGGACUAGAGAAAAACCUAUUUUUGUAAUGAUGUUUCUUUGGAUACUGUCUAGUCACCCAGGAAAAUGUAUGGAUGAAAUUUUUUUUUUUUUGAAACAGAGUCUCACUCUGUCACCUAGGCUGGAAUGGGGUAGCAUGAUCUCACUGCAACCUCCAUCUCCCAGGUUCAAGCUGUUCUCCUGUCUCAGCCUCCUAGAUAGCUGAGAUUACAGGUGCCCGUCACCAUGUCCAGCUAAUUCUUGUAUUUUUAGUAGAGACACAGUUUCACCAUGUUGGUCAGGCUGGUCUUGAACUCUUGACUUCAGGUAAUCCACCCACCUUGGCCCCCCAAAGUGCUGGGAUUACAGGCGUGAGCCACCAUCUUUGGCCAGAUGAUUUUUUAUUGCAAGAAUGAAAUGGCAUUUUGUUCCCCAAAUGGCCCUAGUGAAUCACUAGGAGGGCUCCACUGGUAGGCCAUGUUUAGCACUGGUUGCCAGGGAUUCUCUUUUUGAGAGAGGGAAAGCAAAAUGAAUGGAAGUGCCCGGCCAGAGGUUUCAGGGCUUCUGGAGGAUCCUCUCGCAUAGCUCGAGGUCCUCUGCCUGCCUCUUCCCUCCAAGGAAAAUGAGGACCGCCCCUUUCCCCUGCAGGACUGGCCCCCAGCCUGUGCAGGCACCCUUCUCUUGCCCAAGUGGGGAGCACAGAGGCGGAGAGGAAUCCCUUGCCACACCCAUGGCCCAGCUUGCUCACAAGUAUCACGUCUAUGACGGUCACCACUGCUCCCUUGGAGGGCCACUUGAGUCACUGUUGCUCCCUUGCCUGCUGGCUUGAUGAGCACAGAUGGUGGGAUCUGACCGAGGGGCAGAGCUGUCGGUGACUAAGGGCUGGACUGUGGUGACCAUACCGAUUUGCUCAGGGAGGAUGUUGCAAUGCAUCCAGCAGCUCCUGGCUCUGCAGGCGGCACAGCCCGGGGCCCUGCAAUCCUCUGGUUUCUCCCAUUGGGGUGGAGUGGGGGGGAGUGGAGGGGGUUGGCCACAACCCCCUGCUGUGAUGGGCGGUUUGUCCGAGGAUGCUGAAUAUGAUGCCUGGUCAAUGUGGAAGCCCAUGAAGUCACCCAGGGAAGCCUCCAAAAGCUGGGAUGCUUGAGGGUAUCCAAGUUGAAAAAGACAAAAUCUGACCAUUAGCCAGUGACGGCCCUGGCAAAUGAAGGUGUGGUGGGGCAGUGAGGGAUGGGAGAAGGUGAAUUAUUCCUUAUUCCACCCCGAGGUUUGCUGGGGUGAGGGGAAGAAUCGAUGCUGCUUUGGGAACUGAAGGUUUUUCUGUUGGGAAGGCCCUCUUGGUUUUGGAGAGAAAGGCACGUUAUGAAUAGCUGCUACCCUGGAACGGUGGGCAGAGAGCCUGCCAGGAAAUGUGCAGAAUAAACUAUUUUUUGAAGGAAA